CAAAUCAGAGGAUAGAAUUCACAUAUCUUUUUCAUAUCAGAAUUCCUCUUACAUGGGCAAGUGCUUUCCAGACAGAGCUGAGCUCAGCUGUGACUUUUCACUCACAACAAUGGCAAAACAUGCUGCUCUAGCCUGAUUAUGGCCAUAUCCCAUGUAUUGUACUUUCAGGAUUGGCAUGUAUUCUCAACUUCAUUAGCAGUUUUGAGAAUGCCCCCAAAGUUGCCCAGUAGGCCCAGUUCACCGGGGAAGCAUGCCACUUCACAGCAUGUAGAUAAGAUGGUGGACUUGGCAUUUCCUCAAAGGACACUCCAUUCUCAUGGCUUUACCUUGGUGGCAUGUCUUAUCACCCAUUAAUGGAAGCAUGAAGUUGCCACUACAGAGAGGAAGCACACUGUCCCCUACCACAUGCAGAAAGUUGAUCACAUUGGAAUUGCCUUGGUAAGUGUACUGGUCUCACAUUAGCCUUAGUUGCAUGCCUUCACCUGUCACUGUCGCUGUGCGGCUGCUCCUCCCCAACUCCUCUUUGAUCCUCAGAUUCUAUGUCCUUGCUAGUUGUGCUGCAUGUCUUUUGCAGGAAUCUGUGAAUAAAUGGCUCGUCACCCUUAAAUAAAGCACUGAUGACAUACCAAAAAGAAAUGAUUCCAUCCAUGAUCUGGUGAAUUUAUUAAGACUAUGUACAAGAACAUGAGUGAAUCUAAGGCAUUUAUAUCACAGAAAAGGUCUGUCCCAGCAUGGGUGACAUCAUAAAACUGUCACCCUGAUCUCCCUACAUAACUUAAAGGCAGUGCCACUAAGGAGUUCGCUCUUCACAGCAGUUGCUUGCUGCUUGUGUAAUCUUGGGGACUGGGCUUGGUGAGUAUAAGGAUUCACUGAGCUUCCUAAGUUUUAUAAAUUUUGUGGAUACCCUAUGCCUUGUUUCAUUAGCUCCCUGAGUUUUUUGAGCCUCACUCUUUUCCUCAGGAAUGUUUCAACUUAAAGGAAAUGGCUGUCCACAGGAUAUCUAGAUCUAAUAAAUAUAAUCAUUUAAGUUCAAAUUGCUAGUUAAUUAUCUAAAGACUAUUUUCCAGUAAAAAUGCAAGUCACCCUUUUUCUUAUAGCUACAAAUAUGUCUUUUAGGGUACAAAAUUGAGAAUUUUUUUUGUCUUAUGGUUUUCUGUGCUCAAGAGAACUUAAUUAGCCACCUCUGUCAUGUGACUCCUUCAGAUAAGGGACAGAGAAAACUAAGCCAAGAAUGGCAAAAAAUAUCUUAGUUUCCCCUUGCCUCCUUCCGAAUCACUGCUUGUGUACUUAGCAAUGCAUACUCAAAAGGCCAGGCCAUGAGGCUGCCCCAUCUUAUGAAGUGCCUCUGCAGACAUUUUCCUAGUGACUCUUCUAAACAAAUCAUUUACUAUUCCUGACCUAGUUAUAGACUCCCACAUGGGGUAUCCAAACAUAAUGGCCCCCUUCAGGAUACUGGGGACACGGGAUGGGGAGUGAGCACUGGGUAGAGAGGCAAGCAGACCAGGCUCCAGGAACUUGCUACAGAGCCGCAAGGGUUGAUACCAGGGUUUUAUCUUACUGUGGAACUCUUCUAAGGACACCAAAGAAAGAUAAUGGAAUUGGAAGGCCAACAAUUUGCAAGGCAUCAUGCAUGUAACCUCACACAUCCCAUGAACUGUAGAGGUCCCUUAGGAGGAACCCUUGAGGUACCCGGUCUAGAAUACAUUAAUGCCCUUGUGAGUGCUAAAUGGUGUGAUAACACCCAAGAGCCAGGAAAUGGCGACAGCCUUGGAGCCAGAGGACCAAGAUCUUUGGGAAGAAGAAGAAGAAGAAGGAGUUCUGAUGGUGAAACUGGAAGAUGAUUUCACCUGUGGGCCAGAAUCUGCCUUGCAGGGCGAUGAUCCUGUACUGGAGACCUCUCACCAGAACUUCCGAUGCUUUCGCUACCAGGAAGCAUCUAGCCCUCGAGAAGCCCUCAUCAGACUUCGAGAGCUUUGUCAUCAAUGGUUGAGGCCAGAGAGAAGAACAAAGGAGCAGAUCCUUGAGCUGCUUGUGCUAGAACAGUUCCUCACUGUCCUACCUGGAGAACUGCAGAGCUGGGUGCGAGGCCAACGGCCAGAGAGUGGCGAGGAGGCAGUGACGCUGGUGGAGGGUUUGCAGAAACAACCCAGGAGACCAAGGCGGUGGGUAACCGUCCAUGUUCAAGGCCAGGAAGUUCUGUCAGAGGAGACACUACACCUAGGGGUGGAGCCAGAGGCCAGUGAGCAGCAAGAGCCAACACAGACCUUGACCGCUGAGCAGCCCCGUGAGGAAGCCCUCCGAAGCACAGAUCUGGGCACACUGGAACAGGAGAGCCUGCAGCAUGAAGGGGAGCGCCUGCCCCUGCCGGAAAGUGAGGUUCCAGUGUCCCAGCAUGCAGACCUUCCCACAGAACAAGGGUCUGGACACCCAGAGAUGGUUGCUCUUCUCACUGCUCUCUCUCAGGGACUGGUCACAUUCAAGGAUGUGGCUCUGUGCUUCUCACAAGAUCAAUGGGUGAUCUGGAUCCAACACAAAAAGAAUUCUAUGGAGAAUAUGUCUUGGAAGAAGACUGUGGAAUUGGUCUCUCUGUCAUUUCCAAUUCCCAGACUAGAUGAUCCCUCCCAGAUUAGAGAAGAAGAGCCUCAGGUCCCAGGAGUCCAUGAGUCUCAAGAACCUGCAGAACCAGAAAUCCUGAGUUUUACCUAUACAGGAGACAUGAGUGAAGCUGAGGAAGAAUGUGUUGAGCAACAAGAUACAAACAAGUCUAUUUUGGCAAACACAGAAAUUCACCAGACUCCAGAUUGGGAAAUAGUCAUUGAGGAUAAUACCAGUAGACUUAAUGAAAGAUUUGGUACAAAUGUUUCUAAAGUCAAUAGCUUCACAAAUAUUAGGGAAACUAUGCCUGUCCACUCCCAGUCAGGGAGACAGCAUCAUUGCCCUCUAUGUGCAAAAAGCUUCACAUGUAAUUCUCAUCUUAUUAGGCACUUAAGAACUCACACAGGAGAAAAACCCUAUAAAUGUAUGGAGUGUGGGAAAAGUUACACACGGAGUUCACAUCUAGCGAGGCACCAGAAAGUCCAUAAGGUGAACACUCCUCAUAAACAUCCUCCAAACCGGAAGACUGUGGAUGCCUCUCAAGUCCAGUCUGAGGCAACUACCCGUGUGGAGAAACCAUAUACCUGUGAUGAUUGUGGAAAGCACUUCCGUUGGACAUCGGACCUGGUCAGGCACCAGAGGACACAUACAGGAGAAAAACCUUUUUUCUGCACUAUUUGUGGCAAAAGCUUCAGCCAGAAAUCUGUGUUAACAACACACCAAAGAAUCCAUGUUGGAGGCAAGCCCUACACAUGUGCGGACUGUGGAGAAAACUUCAGUGAGCAGAAACAGUAUCUGGCACACCGGAAGACACAUGUGUCUGAGGAGAACCAUCUCUGCAGUGAGUGUGGGCGCUCCUUCAACCAUAGUGCUGCGUUUGCCAAGCACCUGAAAGGCCACGCUUCAGUGAGGAACUGCCGGUGCGAUGAAUGUGGUAAAAGCUUUAGCAGGAGGGAUCACCUUGUCAGACAUCAACGAACACACACUGGGGAAAAGCCUUUUACCUGUGCUACCUGUGGGAAAAGUUUCAGCAGAGGAUAUCACUUAAUCCGCCAUCAGAGAAUCCACACAGGAAAGACCAAGACCUAGCUAGGGGCCAUAUGUGGAGAGCUUAAUUCAGCCGCAAACUGAGAUGGGAUGGGUUCUGUGCUCAACCUGAGAAGAACUUUUGUAAGGCGUCUCUUUGAUCUGCCCAUACCUUAUGUCACCUCUUCUAACUACCAAACAAAAGCCCCAUCCAGAACUACUCAACUUUUCUCAGUUGAGGCUUCUGUUUCACUGGCAUGCUCCUGCCUCUGCCUCAUGGGUGUGAUGUAGGAGAUAUGGGACUUAAGGAAACUUGGGUCAUUAUAUUUUGAGAAACGUAGGCUGCUCUAGAUCCUGGAGACUACUUGACAGCCUCAACUUCAGUGUGGUCAAGGAUAAGGACCUAGGUCUGAUAAACAACCAACCUUAAAGGGUCUGUCUUUACUGGGCUCAAACCUUAAAGCACACAGCCCUAAACUCAAGAUAGGAGGUUUGGGUGCUGAUAGAUUUGCCACACACUGACGGGAUAGCUACAGAUUCCUCACUAACUCGCCUCUUCACUGUACACUUUCCUUCAAUGCUGGAGACAAAGGGGAAGAGUUUUGAAGGACAAAUCCUUAAGGCUCCUCCACAAGGAUUUUGACAGGCUGCUCCUUUCCCCAUUGUCAGAAUGACACUAAGUGCCACACACUGCUACAAAAGCGGGCCUAAUCAAAAGCCUCUUGGGGUGCACCACCCCUGUCUACAUACUCCUGUCUUUAGCUUUUCUACUAUUCAGCCACUGUCAGUUUGUCCCUUACAUGCCUACUGCAAAAGAGAUGUAGUCCUGGAGUGCUGAAGAAUUCAGUAAAGCAUAAUUAAGACAUGGUGAAAUCCAUUCCAUUCCCACAUAAUGUUUAAGCCUGUCCUUUAUUUGGCUUGUAAGAAGGGAUCUGAAGCUCUUGUUAGCGUAGAAAGGCACUGUAUCCAGUGCAGAAUCCUAAUUGACUGAGGAAAACUAGAGAAGAUAUAAAACACUUUGGAAGACUAUGAAACAGUUGUUGCCACUGGCCGAGACUGUUAGGACUGUUCUGACACCUAGUCCUUGGUAUGCCUGCCUCGGUUUUUUAAUGUCUGGGAAGAUUAUGAACCCUAGUACUUGGGACCCUGAGAAUUAAUCGGAAGUAAAGGGAUUUUUAUGUGUCUGUGUUACUUGGUUUUUAAUGUGUAAGUGUUUUCAUGUAAUUGUGAACUGAAAAGUAGUAUCUCCUGGUGGCCUAUGGGUCUUUUGCCUGUUCAAAGUUCCCAGGAGGCUGAAAUUUUAUGAACCUUACAUGUCUGGUCAUCUGAAAAGGACUGAGGACAGAUACUUGAUAGACGGAGCACAGGAUGUGGGAUUAAAGCAUGGGAAGGCAGA